UCUCUCUCAUUGCGUUCUUAAUAAAUUCACAGCUUCUCUUUCCCUAUUCUCUCUCUCUUCGUUUCCAAUCGAUUUUUCCUAUUUUCGCUUUUCGUUUUUUUGUCUUUAUAAUUUUCACAUAACUUAUAUGAUAACAAUUUACAUGUUAGGGUUUUGAUUCCCACACUUUUGGCGGAUUAAGGAACCACGAUUCAAAGGUUUGUGAUAUGUAUAGAACGAUUGAUUUGGUAGUGUUGAAAAGGCAGUGCAAUUUUAUGAAUUUGAUGAGAUUUGUUAUGGAAUUAGGUUUAGGGUUGGUUUUAGGGUCAGGUUUGUGGGGGACAAUGGUUUGAUGUUAUGCAUUAGGUUGUUUUUUGCCAUAUUGGAACAUUUUGUGUGGUGAAAUGUGUUUUUAGGGUGUUAGAGUUGGGAUAAAGUGGGUUUUGAAGAUGGAGGAUAUUCAGCAGCAAAUGCAGCAGAAGUCAGAAAGCACAGGGGAUGAUGUGCGCUCCGAGUUUGAGAGGGGAUUGGAGGAGUUGAUGUGUGGACACUUGGACGAGUGUAUGUCUUAUGCUUCGUGUAGUUCGGUGCGUAAUACUGAGGAUGAGGAUGAAGAGUCUGAUCAGCUUGUAAGGAGGAGGAGGAGGUCCGACCUUGAAGGCGAUGACCUGGCAGAGUCUUCUGCUGCUAGGAGGCGCCACUCGAGGAUUUUGAGCAGAUGGGCAGCAAGACAGGCUCAAGAGAUGAUUACUACCAUUGAGAGGAGGAAUCGUGAGUCUGAGUUGAUGGCACUUGCUGGUUUGCACACUGUUUCGAUGCUUGAUUCGUCUUUCUUGAGGGAAUCACAAUCUCCGACCUCAAGGCGUCAGGGUGAUUCUGAGAGAGUAAGCACGAGGGCUUCUACUAUUUUGCAGAUGUGGCGGGAAUUGGAGGAUGAACAUGUGUUGAAUCGUGCCCGUGAGAGGGUGCGGGAAAGGUUGACACAACGAAGGAGCAUGGAUUCUAAUACCAAUGUUUCUACUGCGAAUAUGUCAGAAAGCCGGGAAAGUGAUAACCAAGGUAGUUUGGUGGAUGCUAGUGAGAGUGAGAAUGAGUAUGGUACUUGGUCUCAUGACCCGAUUGGACCGCAGAAUGAUCAUAGGGACCGUGAUAACUCCAGCCGUGAACAGUCUCCUGAUCUAGGUGAAGUUGAGAGGGAGAGGGUGAGGCAAAUUGUUCGUGGAUGGAUGGAGAGUGGGAUCAGUGACCAUUCAUCUAAUGUCUCUCAGAGAAACGGUGGUCCAAGAGGGGAAUGGCUGGGUGAGACAGAGCGUGAAAGGGUGAGAAUUGUGCGGGAAUGGGUUCAAAUGACUAGUCAACAAAGAGGAGCUCGUGGUGGCCAAAGGGAAGAACAGUCUACUGGGCUUAGUUCUCAAGUAGAUCGUGUUCGUGAAGGGUCUGUUGUUGACCAUGAGGAUGCCCAACCAGAGCACAUUCGUAGGGAUAUGUUGAGGCUGCGUGGGAGGCAGGCUCUCCUUGAUUUGCUUGUGAGGAUUGAAAGGGAAAGGCAGAGGGAACUUCAGGGUUUACUAGAGCAUCGUGCGGUGUCUGAUUUUGCCCAUCGCAAUCGGAUUCAGUCGCUACUCAGAGGAAGAUUCUUGCAUGAAAGGCCUCCUGUGGAAGAGAGACCACCUUCGAUAGCAGCAAGUGAACUAGUUCAGCUAAGGCAACGUAACACUGUCUCUGGGCUGAGGGAAGGAUUUCGCUCCAGAUUAGGAAACAUUGUACGUGGUCAAGAAGUCCAGAAUGAAAGUGGUGAACAAGUGCAAUCUGGGGAGCUGGAGAGCAACGUUCAUCAGUUGCCUGAUCGCAGUGAGAAUUCUGGUCAGAGUACGAGACAACAACUGUCUCCUCACCAAGGAAGGGAUCGAGUGGAAGCUGUUGUUGAAGCUGAGGAAGGAACACAGGGUAAUUUAGCAUCUAAUGAUUCUAAUGGAUGGACUCAUGAGACUACAGAAAAUGUAAGCUGGAAUUGGCAAGAAAAUCCAUCAACUGCUAGGUCCCUUGAAACAGCAGCAUUUGUCGGGAGUGUAGAACAUCGUUUUCCAGAAAACCAGGAGGUUUGGCGUGAGGAUGCCUCACGAGAAGCUGCAGAGACUUGGUCGGAAGGACCUUCCGAUCCUCCUAGAAUGAGGCGUCCUGUCCCAUUAAGGAGAAUUAGUAGAUUCCAUCCACCUGAUGACGAUAAUGUGUAUAGCAUGGAACUCAGAGAGCUUCUUAGCAGGAGGAGUGUUUCCAACCUUCUUCGCAGUGGCUUCCGUGAGAGUUUAGACCAAUUAAUUCAGUCAUAUGUGGAAAGGCGAGGCCGCUCUCCUAUUGAUUGGGAUCUGCAUCGGAACUUGCCCAUUCCUGCUUCAUCGGAAAGGGGUCAGGACCAGCAGAAUGAUGAGCAAAAUGAUGAUCAGCAGGAUGGAGUUGGCAGGCCUUCACUUGUGCUACCCUCUCCUCCUGUGCCACCAACACAGCCACUUUGGCAUCAGGAUUUGCAUCACCCCAGUUGGCCACGUCACACUGUGCAUCGUUCUGAACUUGAGUGGGAAAUGAUAAAUGAACUUAGAGCAGACAUGGCAAGACUGCAGCAAGGCAUGAACCACAUGCAAAGAAUGUUAGAAUCUUGCAUGGAUAUGCAACUGGAGCUUCAACGCUCUGUCAGGCAGGAAGUUUCAGCUGCUUUGAAUCGAUCAGCUGGUGAACAAGGGGUUGCGGAGACUUCAAUUGAUGGUUCUAAGUGGGGCCACGUGAAAAAGGGUACUUGCUGUGUUUGUUGUGAUAGUCACAUCGAUUCCCUGUUGUACAGAUGUGGGCACAUGUGCACUUGUUCAAAAUGUGCAAAUGAAUUGGUGAGAAGUGGAGGGAAGUGUCCGUUGUGCCGUGCACCCAUCGUCGAGGUGAUCCGAGCCUACUCGAUACUGUAAAAAACGAAGCGAUAGGAGGGUAAAGACAGAAGUUGGUAAGGUGUAAGAGGAGUUGUAUGCUCCCUCUACCAAGCUUCUCAGAUUCUUAUCUGUAGAGUGUUUAUUACUUUUGCCUAUGUUCUUCUGAUUAUAUAUAUGAAAUGCUAUGCAAUGUGUAAUUGGAAAAACGGAAGGCACUUUUUUUGCA